UCGAGAUGGCCCGUACGAAGCAAACCGCAAGAAAAUCCACUGGCGGAAAGGCACCGCGUAAGCAACUUGCCACAAAAGCGGCACGUAAAAGUGCACCCGCUACUGGUGGCGUAAAAAAACCUCAUCGUUACCGUCCAGGUACCGUAGCUCUUCGUGAGAUCCGUCGUUAUCAGAAAAGUACCGAGCUGUUGAUUCGCAAACUUCCUUUCCAAAGGUUAGUGCGCGAAAUUGCCCAAGACUUCAAGACCGAUCUCCGUUUCCAGAGCUCCGCCGUGAUGGCCCUUCAAGAAGCUAGCGAAGCUUAUCUGGUCGGUCUAUUCGAAGAUACAAAUUUAUGUGCCAUUCACGCCAAGAGAGUAACCAUUAUGCCGAAGGACAUUCAACUUGCUCGACGUAUCCGUGGCGAACGUGCUUAAGCAUCUUUUUCACAAAGUUUAAAAUCGGUUCUUUUCAGAACCACAACUUUUUUUUUUACAUUUAUACAAUUGAUUGAUUUCUUAUAAGGUAUCCCAAAUUAAAGAUCCGAUAUCAAUAGUGCAAUAUAACCUUACUUAAUUUCUUCCAACAAAAUGCGUUACGAAUUUCAAUUUUGAUUAUGGAUUUUCCAUCAGUCUUUUGAUAUCCUCUAUAUCUUGGCGCAAUAGCUUAUUUUAAGCUGGAAGCAAAUUAUGCCGUCUUAUUUCCAAUUCGAUCAUUCAACUGCAAAAGAUUCUGAUGACCAGCAUUAGAGAGAAGCGAUACCGUGAUUUCUAGAUCACGUUGUGAAACGUGAACGUUACUUUAUGAUAUCAGUGAAAUUAAAGCGUGACGUGAUCACUGUUUAGGUUGCUUGUU